GCCUCCCUCUCUCUCCAACAGUCCCUUCCUGCUGCAUCACAACAGUCGCUGGCGGAUCGGGUAACACUGAGCUAUUUCCACUGCCGCGUGGAGUUUUUUAUUUCGAUAAAUGUAACAGAAGUCCUCAUCGACUACAGCCUCCGCCGUCAAAGCCCGUCGCCCCCGUCAGUCCGAGCGGUCAGUCCGAGCGUUUGCAGUGGGAGAUGGCCAGGCCAGAGCAGGUCCUGCUGCUGGAACCGCAGCACGAGCUCAGGUUCCGAGGUCCAUUUACAGAUGUGGUGACCACCACCCUAAAGCUUGCUAAUCCCACAGACAGAAAUGUGUGCUUUAAAGUAAAGACGACUGCACCGCGCCGAUACUGUGUGCGGCCAAACAGCGGAGUGAUUGAUGCUGGAACCUCGAUCAAUGUCUCUGUGAUGCUGCAGCCCUUCGAUUAUGACCCGAAUGAGAAAAGCAAACACAAGUUUAUGGUACAGUCUCUGCUGGCUCCGCCUGAUAUGACCGACACUGAGGGAGUGUGGAAGGACGCCAAGCCUGAAGAUCUGAUGGACUCCAAGCUGAGAUGUGUCUUUGACAUGCCCGCUGAAAAUGAGAAAACACAUGAAAUGGAAAGCAAUAAGAUUUCCAGUCUGUCGAAGUCUGAAUCGUCCACAUUGUCUAUGAAGUCCAUGGCCUCUAGUAUGGAUGACGGAGAGGUGAAGAAGAUCAUGGAGGAGUGUAAAAGACUGCAGACGGAGGUGCAGCGGCUACGAGAGGAGAACAAACAGAUCAGGCAGGAAGACGAUGGCCUGCGGAAGAGGAAGAGCACAGUAAUGUCCGCUCCGCACUCAUCUCUAGUGAUGCGAGUGAAAGAAGAGGGCCUGAGCAGCAGGGUGAUCGCUCUAAUCGUGCUGUUUUUUGUCGUGGGUGUCAUUGUAGGCAAGUUGGCCUUGUAAAAAGAAAAAAAAUCCAACAGGGGAGCUCUACAAGCAUGCAUUGCGGUUAAAAACAAAAUGCAGAACGAGUUUAAUCCGAACGCCAUAUCAUUUUGGGUAGUUUUGGAUUUAGCGAGGUGUGUAAAACAAUUGAAUAGAGAUCAAGGAAUUUGUGCAAACUAAAAAUUCAACCACAAAAAAAAAAAAGAUGAUGAUGAUGAUAAUAAUAAUCUGAUACAAGCUCUCUCUCUCUCUCCUCAAAAUUGUGAAAUCAUUCUGGCCCCUUCUUCCUUAAUCAUUUCUGAUGCAAAAUGGAUAACAAAUGUCAGAUUUUAACCACUAAAAACGAAAUGUCGUAGGGAUUUUCUAACACCAGACGUGAGAUUGAGUUGUGGUAGAGUGAAUGUUGUUUUAUCACUGUUGAUUUCUUUUCCUUUUCUCUCUCUCUCUAUCUAUAAGUGGGUCAGAAGCUAAUUGAAAUUGUAUACAAGAAGUGUCACUUGUGCAUUUAAUUCAUGCCUACUCGAAAACACCCUGCAUCAAAGCAGCAGUUCACGGAAGUUUAGCUUGUGUAUUUUCAAUCACUCUAAAUCACUUUGUAACUCAAAAGACAUGUUUUCUAUUUUCCGUUCGGUCUGACGGAUAUGUUUGAGUACCAGCAGGUACUAUGAUUCAACAUAUAAGUCAAAUAUCGUGCAGUUCUGCUAGCAUAUGAUAAUUGUCAUGCAAAUUCAGUGUUCACUUGCAAUCAAUCAGCCUUCAAUUGACAUUCAAGACAAAACCGGUGGCUUUGACGAUUAAAAGUUGGAUUUCAGACUGUUUUUGGAAGUUACAGCGAGGAGUUAGUGACUGAUGUUUCAAACUACUGUUGGUGAAACCAUUCAUACGCUCUAAAAUGAAAUAAUAUUUCUCUGUGAACUGCUGUAUGUCAGAAAGGCGUCUCUAAAACCAACACUUCCGAAUGAAGCUUUGCACACACACACACACACACAAAAAAAAACGAGUUCAGAAUAGAUUUUUCACUUUUCUUUUAUGAUUUAAGCUUUUGUUUUUUGGUAAGGGAUAUAUGUGCUUGAAUGCAUGGCUCUGUUGUGAGCGAGAAAUACUUUAUAUAUUUUAUUAAGCUGCUCCAUAGGUGAAAUCUCUUUUUUUUUGGGCCUCUGUUUUGGUUUUGCUGCCUGUAGACCUGAGUUAAUUUAUUGAUCAAGUCGUUAUAUACAGUAAUAGUGCAGCUGCUAAGUAUAAUCUCUGAAGCACCAUGUACAUGCAACUGGUUGAAGGUCUCUCUCCCUAUGAACUUUCUAUCUGAAGAUGCCACGAGGAGAGUUUACCAUCAGGUCCGUAAACGAUACUGACCCACCACCCCGUCGCCUCUCACUUUACCCUGCAGAAAAGAACAUAUAAGAAAUAGUUCAACACCAUCCUUGGUCAUUUGAUUAGUUCAGCUUCUUUAAACACUAUUGAAGUUCGAAAGAGAUGCUUUUUUCCCAUGCAAAUAAAAAUGGAUGGUGAUUUAUUAACAUGCAUGUUAUGAAAAGGAUCAAACUAAAGAUCGUGGAAAUUGUAUGAAACUAGUCCAAACAUCUUUCACACUACUAUCAUCCCAGAUGUCUGAAGCCAUGCAGCCCUUGUGUUAGACGUGGACUGAAUUAGUAAAUGGGAAUUUGCAUAUGCAUGUAUGUGAUAUGGAAUGUUAAUGAGAUUUUGCGUAUUAAAUUAGAUGGUAAUUAGAUUUGAAAGUCAAAACCGUUUACCUUGGGUCUGUUUUUACACCAUUAAUCGAUUAAUUGGCGUCAGAUUGUAGUGUUUAAGCUGUUUGGAUCAUAUUUAUGGUGUGUUUUUGCUUCUUAAAGGCAUAGUUCAUCCAAAAGUGAAAUAUCUGUCAUCGUUUACCCAUGCUUGACCCGUUCCAAACCUGUUUGACAAGAUAUUUCGAGGGCGUUUGGAAAGCUGUAACCAUUUACUUGCAUAGUUUUUGUUUUUCCUAACAUGGAUGUCUCAACAUUCUUAAAAUAUCUGUUCAACUGAUGAAGGAAACUCAUAAAUGUUUGGAAUCACUCGAGGGUGUGUAAUUAGCGAGUAUAUUUUCAUUUUUAGUUGAAUUAUCUCUUUAAAUCAGGUUAAAUCUCCAUCCAUUUUAAUGGAAAAGAGCAGAUCAAACAUCCAGCUUCUUCUUUUGGGUUUUAAUUUAAGAAGUGGUGCACAGUGGCAAAAUGUUCAUUAUCGAGCCAACUAUUCCUUUAAAAACUGACACUUGUGUGAGUAUUGUAACCUGUAUUUUAGCCAUGCCGAGCCUACACCUCAUUUCCAGAUUAAUGCAUGGCUUCGAUAUGCCUUGUCGGUGGUCUGAAAUGUACACAACACUGGUUUAUCUCGCAGCGUAAGGCUUUAAAAACAACAACAACAACACACUCCUGACAUUUCUGCACUGUUUUUUCCUGAGCCCUCUGUUUCUUUGCUGUCCUCUGAUGUUAAUUUAGUUGUUAUGUUUGGAUUUAAGUUAUGAAUAAAGCUUUUAUUGCACAGAACUGUUGAUAUUACAAAUGCACUACAUAUAAAGAAUGUCAUCUUCCCAUGCACAGCGCUCUGAUCUUUGUGAAAUAAUGACAUCUGAAAAGAGACUCUUCCUACAGGGGACCAUUUUGUGACCUGAUAUGUAUUUGUGUCAUAGUUUGGUGUUGUGGGGGGUUUCUUUUUCGCUAAUGUUUCUCUUCAUUAUUGAUAUUCACCCCCUUAUUGAGAAGCUUUCAUUUCGGUUGAUCAUCUUAGUGCUGAUAUUGGAUUUUUUUAAGAACAGAGGAGCUUACGGUAUUGUGAAACGGCAAAACUUUGCUUUGUAAGUAACUUUAGGAGAUGUUCAGGGUAUAGUAAUUUUUUUGGACGGCAGUUUAUGUAUAGUUCACCAAGGAUUAUGAUUGCCAUGGAGAGGGAGGGAUUUGGGGGCCUAUCAGCCAAUCAGCUGGCUCAUAAUUAUACCUAAACCUUAUAGAGCCCCAAACCUUCACAUAUGAUGUAAACAUGAAGGUGACCAUUUUGUAUGUAUAUAAAUAAAUAAAUAAAUAAAUAAUGAGUCUAAGAUGAAAAUUAAGGUUGAUAUUCCUAGUCAAGUAGUCUAUAAUGGUAUAUAAAACAAACCCCAACUUUGUUGGACUAUGUAGCAUCUUAAUAAAUUAAAUCAAUAAAGCCCCAGACCAAAA